AUGCUCCGACCGGCUAUCCUCUCCGCCUCUCCGACUCCGGGGGAACGCGCCCCACGCCGGUGUCACUUCACUCCGGCGAGUUCGGACAAAGCCCCACCUGGGUCUUCAAGUGCGGGUCUAGCUCUGAUCACUCCGAGCGUUCCGCCCGGUCUGUGCGAGGAGACUGAAGGUGUAAAAUCCUAUGCUGGAUACAUCAAGCUUCCGCCAGGGACCCUCGAGGAUGUUGGCCAGGAGCAAGAUUUUGAGAUCAACACAUUCUUCUGGUUCUUCGAGGCCAAGGAGGACCCAGAGAACGCACCACUCUCUAUAUGGAUGAACGGCGGUCCCGGCAGCUCUUCGAUGCCUGGACUCUUCAAUGAGAAUGGACCAUGCUACAUCAACUCGGACUCAAACUCGACGAGGCCCAUCAACAUGCUGUAUAUUGAUCAGCCAGUUCAAGUGGGCUUCUCAUAUGACUCACUGCGAAACGUGACCAGGAACCUACUCGGAAGCACCCAGACUCUGAACGCCUCAUCCCCAAUCCCAGCCCAGAAUGCCACUUUCCAGACUGGCACAUUGGCAAGCGGUGGAAGGAAUACUACGAGCUUUGGAAGUCGCAAUGCAGCUAUUGCUCUAUGGCACUUCUCUCAAGUCUGGUUCCAGGAGUUCCCGGGGUAUCACCCCAACGACGAUCGCAUCAGUAUUGCAACUCAGUCCUAUGGGGGCCGGUACGGGCCCGCCUUUGCCGCCUACUUUCAGGAACAGAACGAAAAGAUCGCGAACGGCACUUGGGAUGGGACCGAAGGCGAGAAAUACAUCUUGAACCUGGACACUCUCCUGAUCGUCAACGGGUGCAUUGACCGCCAAGUGCAGUGGCCCUCAUACCCGGAAAUGGCGUUCAACAACACGUAUGGCAUACAAACGGUCAACGAGACGGUAUAUCAGAGCAUGGUUGAUGCGUACUACGCGGAAGGAGGCUGCCGUGACAGGAUUGAUGCCUGCCGUGAAAUCUCUGCAGUCUAUGACCCAGAUAACAUUGGCAUCAACGCGACCGUGAACAGUGUCUGCCAAGACGCGGAAACAUACUGCACGGAGAAUGUUCGCGAUCCCUAUCUUGAUGUCUCGGGCCGCGAUUAUUACGACGUGACACAGAUCGACCCAACGCUGUUCCCGCCCCCCUUCACAGCCGGAUAUUUAAAUCAGCCCUACGUUCAAUCUGCACUCGGUGUUCCCUUAAACUGGACGGGUAGCUCGAGCGCGUCGUCUUCCGCCUUCCGCAGUAUCGGAGACUACCCCCGGCCAGGCUGGAUAGAAGAUAUCGCUUACCUCCUUCACAGCGGCAUCAAGGUCUCCCUUAUGUUCGGCGACCGCGACUUUGCGUGCAACUGGAUCGGCGGAGAGCAAGUGGCGCUGGCGAUUCCCUGGGCAGACCAAGAGAACUUUGCCAGUGCGGGCUACGAGCCUCUGCGGACUAAUGCUACUUACGAAGGCGGCCAGGUUCGGCAAUAUGGCAACUUGUCAUUCAUCCGAGUUUACCAGGCCGGACACGCCGUGCCGUCGUAUCAGCCGGAAUCCGCGUAUCAAAUCUUCAACCGCGCUCUCUUCAACAAGGACAUCGCGACAGGCCUUGUUGAUACCGCGACGAACCUGACUUAUGCCACCGAGGGGCCUUUCGAUACAUUUGGUGUCAAGAACGAGAUUCCGCCUCAGUACGAAGAUUUCUGUUAUGUUCUCGAUCCGAGCACCUGCAGCGACCAGCAGGUUGAAGCUCUGCGGAACGGAACGGGCAUCAUCAAAAAUUACAUCAUGAUUGAGCCGGCUUCGCAGCAGGGAGUUGCGAUUGGAUUGAAAGCAAGGGACAUCCGCAAUACAAAGCGGGAUAUCUUCAACACACUGUCAAAAGGACCACCACCGUAUGCGCAGUUGCUAAUAUUUGGAGAGUUGAACUUGAACGCAGAGCAUGUCAGCGCGUUUGUCGCAGCGCCAAUCCCUCGCGUGUCGCGGUUCGUGUUCUAUCCCCAGCCAGAAAGGCGCUCGGCCUAUCCGUACAGUCCUGACACAGUGCCACCGCCCAUAGAGUGUACUAGGAAGAAGAGAAAGUGCAACAAAGAGAUCCCAUGCGCAAGAUGUAGUCGUCUAGGGCUCCAUUGCGACCGCGAAGUCGUCCAUCUGAGGCGCAAUGCUGUUCGACACAGUGCCGAGAUUGGGUUUCUCGAGACUCUGCGCAACAUGCUUCAGAGCACCGAUCCCGCUUCGGCGAGGAGAGCAGCUGAUUUGGUGGCAGCUAGAGUGGAGGGUCUCCGUUCUGGUUCGGGGCAACGCACUGAGAUCACACAGACAGCGAAUUUUGUUGAGUCCGGGAUCGGUCUUGAAGAUGACUCGGGACAAGACGAAGCCACAGGUUCACAUCCCAAAGCUCGCAGUUCGUUCACGGUGACUGCGUUGGAGCACAUGGCAUGGGGUAGAAGCUAUGGAAACUGCUACCCUCAUCUACACUGCAACUGCCAUCAAAGACGAGAUCAUACCAUCGAAGCCUCGACAACAGGUCUGUCGCCGUCUCUCGGCCUACCUGAUCACACUGUCCCAUCUCUUGCCCUCCUCCCUGAGAGAGUCACGGCCGAGAUACUCAUCUCAUUUCACCUGGAGCACAUAGCAUGGCACCACAACUCCUUACACUGCCCGACGUUUCUGCAGCAGUGCACCACGUUCUGGGCGACCGGCGUAUACGACCAGCCACAGUGGCUUGCGCUGUAUAGCGCGGUGCUCUCCUCGUCCCUCCUGAGUUGGCAGAACAGCUGGAAACAUCGCGAUGCAUACCCGCUCACACUACCGGCCUGUUCGCCUCAAGACUUAUUCAACUUCAUGGUCGACACUUUAUAUAAGGCUCAUUUCCUGCAGAAUGUUUCAAUCUACUCCAUCCAAGCCAUCGUCAUCUCAACCGAAGUAGCUCACAAUCUUGGUCUCAGUCAACUCAACGCUACCUUAUUCAGCGCUGCGAUUCGAAUUGCCGAGUGCCUGGGAAUACACAAGAUCACCAAAUGCGGCCUCGACUUGCAAACUAGAGAUGAAAUAUGGGAUGAUACUCUGCAAAGAGAAGUAGGUCGUAGGGUUUGGCUCCAGAUGGUCAUUCAAGAUCACUUUGCAAUUCCAUUUACCGACUCAUACGGCAUUAACCCGUCUCACUACUCCACUUCUUUCCCCAGAAACGCCAACGAUGCAGACUUGAUAGACGCCUCGGAGGUCGUUCUGACGGUAAGUACGUAUACUCGUGUCCUGGGUGGCAUCGCGCAGCUGAUGCCGGAGCUCGCGGACGGGAUGGGACCUUUGAGAGCCCAGAAGCCUGCAAGAGAGCAGUAUGCCCAUGUUCUCAGGAUGGACCAAAAGAUGAGGGAGAAGGUCCAGUCAAUACCGCGUUUUCUUCUACAGAAGGAUGAGCUAUUAGAGGGCCAGUGUGCCUGGCUUGGGGUUGCGCGUCAGAGUCUAGCCAUUACCGCCGCUGAAAAGAUUGUCAUGAUCCACCGGCCAUUCCUCUUCCUCUCGUUCCAAUCUGACUCGUACAUCCACACGCGCCGUACCUGCGUUGCAGCAGCAGUCACCAUCCUACGCGAGCACAAAAGCAUUGUAGAAUCAGGCGAAGUCUCGCUCUGGACGCACAUCGCCUUCAGCAUUACCGCUGCCAUCAUUCUCUCGUUCGAGGUCAUAUGCGAUCAGAGCAAAAAACGAGACAGCCGACAAGAAGCCUACCUCGACGCGAUUCGCGACGCGCGAGAGCAUCUCCUGGGCCGGACGACGAGUGAUAUCCUAGCACACCGCGGCGUGGUGCUUAUUGAUGCCAUCUUUUCUGAGGUGGGAGGCAUAGAGUCGUUUUCUGAUCAGACACUCGCUGCUAGGCCUGAUGCUAUUAACUUUGAGGAGAUUGCGGCUAGGUUCAAGACCGAUUGGUUUAUCCUUGAUUCUUCCACGGCUGGUCUCGGGCAGUUUGACGUUGCGGAAGAGCAUUUUGCCAUGUCUGGCAAUCCCUCUGAAGAUUUCGACGAUUGGUUCCAACAGAUAUUUCACUCGACCAUAGUUGGAUAA